GAACACGGCAGCUUGCAGUCCCGUUAUCUACCGGUGUGCUGUUGCCGUCGGUUCCAACGGCUGUGAUGUCACAGCUCUAUGUGCUUCUGGACUCGGCUGAAGAAGAUGGCGACCUCAGGAGUUAGAGUUCCACGCAAUUUUCGCUUGUUGGAGGAGCUUGAAGAAGGGCAGAAGGGCGAAGGCGACGGCACAGUCAGCUGGGGCCUCGAGGAUGACGAAGACAUGACUCUCACACGGUGGACAGGCAUGAUCAUUGGACCAGCAAGAACCAAUUAUGAGAACAGGAUAUACAGUCUGAAACUGGAAUGUGGACCUAGAUACCCAGAGGCAGCCCCGACUGUUAGAUUUGUAACAAAAAUUAGCAUGAAUGGGAUAAAUAAUUCCAACGGGAUGGUGGAUUCACGUAGCAUACCAUGUUUAGCAAAAUGGCAGAAUUCUUAUAGCAUUAAAAUUGUUCUUCAAGAGUUAAGGCGUCUAAUGAUGUCCAAAGAUAAUAUGAAGCUUCCACAACCACCAGAAGGACAAACCUACAGCACUUAAUCGCAAUGGAUUGUUUCGACCCUCUGUCUUAAACCUUACUCUCUUAGAAAUAUCGUGUAAAAUCAUCAAGAGGCUCACUUCACACAUCAACAGUAUCGUCUGCAAGAGCAAGAUUGGACUUUCUUAUUACAUAGCUCAUUCAAAAAGAAAAUGUCCCUGCAGUCAAGCACUGAAUAGAUAGUUAAAAGACUACAAGACCACAGUUACCCGCCUUUAAUAAAGUUACUUUGACAAUGA